UGAUAGACGAUAGGUUAGCCACAGGAAUUCUGGAUCUUCCUGUAUCAUUAUUCAAUCUAAUUCUAUCAUUCUUUGGGAGCCCUGGAAACAUGAGCAGCAAGAAACUAAGACGAGUGGGUUUACCUCCAGAGUUGUGUGACCGUUUAAGCAGAUACCAGAUUGUUAACUGUCAGCACUUUUUAAGUCUCUCCCCACUAGAACUUAUGAAAGUGACUGGCCUGAGUUACAGAGGUGUCCACGAGCUUCUGCAUACAGUAAGCAAGGCCUGUGCCCCGCAGAUGCAAACGGCUUAUGAGUUAAAGACACAAAGGUCUGCACAUCUCUCACCAGCAUUCCUGUCUACUACCCUGUGCGCCUUGGAUGAAGCAUUGCACGGUGGUGUGCCUUGUGGAUCUCUCACAGAGAUUACAGGUCCACCAGGUUGCGGAAAAACUCAGUUUUGCGUAAUGAUGAGUGUCUUGGCUACAUUACCCGCCAGCCUGGGAGGAUUGGAAGGGGCUGUGGUCUACAUCGACACAGAGUCUGCAUUUACUGCUGAGAGACUGGUUGAGAUUGCGGAAUCCCGUUUUCCACAGUAUUUUCACACUGAGGAAAAAUUGCUUCUGACCAGCAGUAGAGUUCAUCUCUGCCGAGAGCUCACCUGUGAGGGACUUCUACAAAGGCUUGAGUGUUUGGAGGAAGAGAUCAUUUCGAAAGGAGUUAAGCUUGUGAUUGUUGACUCCAUUGCUUCUGUGGUCAGAAAGGAGUUUGACCCGCAGCUUCAAGGCAACAUCAAAGAAAGGAACAAGUUCUUGGGCAAAGGAGCGUCCUUACUGAAGUACCUGGCGGGGGAGUUUUCAAUCCCAGUUAUCUUGACGAAUCAAAUUACGACCCAUCUGAGUGGAGCCCUCCCUUCUCAAGCAGACCUGGUGUCUCCAGCUGAUGAUUUGUCCCUGUCUGAAGGCACUUCUAGAUCCAGCUGUUUGGUAGCUGCACUAGGAAACACAUGGGGUCACUGUGUGAACACCCGGCUGAUUCUCCAGUACCUUGAUUCAGAGAGAAGGCAGAUUCUCAUUGCCAAGUCUCCUCUGGCUGCCUUCACCUCCUUUGUCUACACCAUCAAGGGAGAAGGCCUGGUUCUUCAAGGCCACGAAAGGCCAUAGGGAUACUGUGACCUUUGUCUAGUGCUGAUGGCAUGUGACUCGUGAAAUGAAACAGGACUGCGCUGCUUGGAAAAAGGAAACGGAAACCAACAUAAUGAGGAUUAAUUGGUUGAUUGCUGUUGAGGUGGUAACCGUGAUUUCAGACCCGGAAGGGAAGGUGAAGAUGAAGAAGCCUUUGUCCAGUCUCUGGAUGCGGAGGCUUGGGGCUCCACCACCGUGGGAUGUCAGCAGCCAUCAUAAUAAUUUGCACUUACACAGCACCUUUCAGCCAUGCCCCUCAAAGCGGUUCAGCCACAUUAAUUAAUUAAAGCCCACAAUCCCCCUAGGGAGAGCAGGAGGGGGGACUAACAAGAUUUGUAAUUACAGAAGGGAACAUUUCCGAAUAAAGUAUUGUCCCGC